AAUCCAAUAUGGCCRACCUUAUAAAAUCCCCCGCCUUCUUCAUGUUGACUCUUUUGAGUUUUUACCCUCGAAUCGAAAGCCACUUCAACACAGAYGUUAUCAAAAUCAACGCAGGUGGUUUAUCCGUGCUACGGGAUGAUAGAAAUGGCAUCCAUAUUGCCAACUUUCAGAAAACUGCACAAGAUAAAUUCUCCAGUUUGAGCGAUUUACCGAMGAAACUUCUCCAAGUCAAAACGUCCGGCGAUUGCCUUUACAAAUGCACGACAAAUCAAAAAUGCGUGUCCGCCAUUUUUUCAAUAUUUACUAAUCACAAUAAAGAGCAUUACUGUUGGUUGUUUACGGAGGAGAGAACUCAAGUGCAUUWCUCGUAUUCGUACGAAGACAGUUCCAUGGCCAAAUACUACAAAUUCUUCACUUUGAAGAACAAGUGUCUGCAAGAACCGUGCAAAAAUAAUGGUAUUUGUGUUCCAUUCUACGCCAACAAUUCCUUCACCUGCACAAAGUGUCUAAAAUGUUUCAGCGGGCAACGUUGCGAAGUUCAAGGCAACCUAACAGCUCUUGGAAUGGAAGACGGACGAAUCACCCGGACUUCAGCUUCAUCUAUUUACAAUCAAAGCCUCUGYUCAUCRGCAGCACGCCUACGGGUUGCAGAAGGAUGGGCCGCAUUGACGCUUUCUGUUGGACAGUAUUUAUGGGUUGAUCUURGAAGAACCACCACMAUUCUGGCUGUAGCAACCCAGGGAAGACGUACAAUCUAUCCAGUGCAGCAGUACGUCAAAUCAUACACCUUGAAAUACAGCAACGCCAAUAUUUAUUAUUACGACUACAUGGUCGAUGGCGUGAACAAGGUAUUUAAGGGCAAUAAUGACGGAAAUACAGUGGUAACCAAUUAUCUGACUGUCCCUAUUUCUGCAAGAUACGUACGAUUUGUUGUCCAAAGCUGGCAYAAUCACAUUGUGAUGAGAGUUGAACUAUAUAGCUGCAAGUUGGAAUAGUUGACUGACAAAAACAAAUGAAUAUAAAGCUUGAAUUGAUAAGCCUUGAUUGGUCUUCAAUCGCGGAAGCCUGUUCCGCAAUAAUAGGCGAUAUGCAUUAUGGCGUCAUUUACUACAACUACCAGAAUGCUUU